AUAUUUUAUGUUACAUCUCAAAGCGAAUUGCAUAAAAUUCCUGUUUUCUUUCGACAGUUUAACCGAUUUAAUUUAACAAAAUGUUUAACAAAACCGCUUUAAUUGGAGCCAUGGUGCGGCGAACCUUUGGAACCAGCAAGAUAAUGCGGGAGACAAUUAAAAAUCACGAGCCCAACAAUUUGGAGAGAAAAAUGUUGGUGUGGACCGGUAAAUACAAGACGCAGGCUGAAGUUCCCAAUUUUGUGAGUCAGGAUGUCAUGGAGCGCUGUCGCAACAAAAUGCGCAUCCGUCUGGCCAAUAUAAUGAUCGCUCUCACCGCCAUCGGUUGUGCCAUUAUGGUAUAUAGUGGAAAACAGGCCGCCAAACGAGGUGAAUCCGUUACCAAGAUGAAUCUCGAGUGGCACAAGCAAUUUAAGGAUCCUCAGGAGGGCGAAAAAGCAGCUGCUCCGGCUGCCAAAUAGGAACCUUAACCACCAGGAUAGCCAUUCGCUUAGAAACAUUACUAUUGUCCAGGGUUCUGUUUUCAAUUCCGAUCAAAAAACGUUAUACUUUCUGCCAAAUAUAAAAAUAAUUAUAUUGUAGUACCUUAGACAGUUCCCCCAUUUUGUAAAUUUCGUCGUCGAUCCUUCGAAAGUGUCCUCCGAUUAUUUUAAGAUUAGAAAAAUCCAUUUUAUAAAUCAAUAUUUUUAGGAAUUGAAAACGGCAGCUGGUCAAAUCUUUUAGUUUAGCUUUGGUUUAGAAAUCAUUUUGCCCUAGGUAUGUGAACAUGCCAUAUCCUUGUUAGAUAUUCAGUGAUAUUUGUAAACUCAAAGUUAGUUGUAUUACCAAAGUUAAUAAAUAUUUUAUGAGAAAA